AUGAAAAUUGAAUUACUUCCAAAUUUUGAUGAAUAUCAUGUACAACAUUCUUUUUUUUAUUCUUUAUCAAACUUCUUUUUUUUUAUUUCAGCUUUAAUUCGAGGUUAUACACUUGGUCAUUUUCAAUUACAAAAAUAUCAAGAUGUAAAAGCAUUAAUUCGAUCUAUGUCAUUAUCUAUUCCACAUUUACAAAACAAAUUAUUUACAUGUGAAUUAUGUAAAAUAUUUUUACGUCGAAAUGCAUUAAAACCAAUGGAAAAAUUUUGUUGUCGUAAUAAUGAUAGUUGUGUUGUAACAUCAACAAUACGUCAAUGUUGUAAAAAAUGUCGUUUAAAUAAAUGUUUUAAAGUUGGGUGGUCCAGAAGCCCUUUUAUUGAUAUCUUGUAA